AUGGUUCUGAUGUCCAGUGCUGCCAGAGGUCCCCCUCGAGUGUCGGAGCGAGUGGCCCAUCGGCAGAGCAUUCGUCUGGGUCGUACCAUGAAGUUGCCGUGUCCUGUGGAGGGAGAUCCACCACCUCUCAUCAUGUGGACCAAAGACGGACGUAACAUUCACAGUGGCUGGACGCGCUUCCGAGUGCUGCAGCAGGGUCUGCGAAUCAAAGAGGUGGAGACUGAAGAUGCUGGGACUUACAUCUGCAAAGCCACCAACGGCUUCGGCAGCGUGAACAUCAACUACACCCUCAUUGUAAUAGAUGACUCCAGCUCAAGAAGUGGAGCAGGAGCUACAAAUGGAGGGUCAGAAGACGUCCCGGAGUUGGCUGGGAAACUUGUGCGUCCCCGCUUCACACAGCCGGCCAAGAUGAGAAAGCGCGUCAUCAUUCGUCCCGUGGGCAGCUCAGUGAGGCUCAAGUGCACGGCCAGUGGGAACCCACGUCCGGACAUCGUGUGGCUCAAAGACAACAGGCCCCUGGUGGAAGAGGACAGCAGGGCCACAGCUGGAGGAGAGCCCCGCAAGAAGAGGUGGACCCUGAGUCUGAAGAAUCUUGCUCCAGAGCACAGCGGCAAGUACACCUGCCAAGUGUCCAACCGGGCGGGAGAGAUCAACGCCACCUACAAAGUGGAAGUCAUACAGCGUACAAACUCCAAACCCAUCCUGACUGGUACCCAUCCUGUAAACACCACUGUGGACUAUGGUGGAACCACCUCUUUCCAGUGCAAGGUGCGCAGUGACGUCAAACCAGUCAUCCAGUGGCUCAAGAGAGUUGAGCCUGGUGACGAGAACAAGUUUAACUCAACUAUAGAAGUUGGAGAUCAUCGCUUUGUGGUGCUCCCCACUGGAGAGGUGUGGUCCCGCCCUGACGGCUCCUAUUUGAACAAGCUGCUCAUAACCAGAGCCAAAGAAGAAGAUGCUGGAAUGUACAUCUGCCUGGGUGCCAAUACUAUGGGAUACAGCUUCAGGAGUGCCUACUUGACAGUUCUGCCAGAUGUGAAGCCUCCCAUGAUACCUGUGACCACCGCCACGUCCCAGGGUCUGCCUCUGCCCGUCAUCAUCGGGAUCCCGGCAGGAGUGGUCUUCAUCCUGGGCACCGCGCUCCUCUGGUUCUGUCAAUCCAAACGCACCUGCUCCUCUUCUUCAGCGUCCUCCGCCGCCCUCCCUGCCGCUCAGCGCUUACCCACCGCCACCCGCGACCGGACAUGUCCCGCCCUACCCACUCCACCGGCCAAUGGGGAUAAAGACUGUGUUUCAUAUGAGGACUACAUCGCCCAUCAGCAGCUGCUCCUCACACAGGGCAGCACGGGCAUAGCUCCUAAGGUCUACCCAAAGAUCUACACGGACAUACACACGCACACACACUCGCACGUGGACGGGAAAGUGCAUCAACAUCAGCACAUUCACUACCAGUGUUAA